CAAAGUGAAACCCUGGGUUUGCAGGUUUUGGGUUUGAGAGAGUUGUCAACUGUUUCGACUGCGUGUUUGAUCAAAAUUGUGUUGAAACUGUCAUUCGUUUGUUUACUUUUCUAUCGCCACGUGCUACAAUUCUUAAAUGGUGCCUAAAAUUAAAAUCGUUAUAUUGAUUUUGUCAUUUUAUUUUAAAAUAAUAGAUAGUGAGGUGACGACAUAUUAUUUAAAAAAGAAGAUAAGAGAAAAUAAAAUGCUUUUGUCUAUUGCUGCCAAUUUACUGGACCCAACAAUAGUGCGUUCACAAAGUGUCUGGUGUUUGGAACAUUCCAGUACCUUUUGGGAAGUAGACUGCCAGAAGAAUGGCUCUAAGUUUUUCAAAGAGAAUUUCCGGAUGAAAAAAUCCAGCUUUGACGAAUUAUGUAGUCUCCUAAAAAAAAUGACCAAAAAGGACACAAAUUAUCGGGAUGCAAUUCCACUAGAAAAGCGCGUUGCAAUUGCUCUUUAUGCAUUAGGAUCUUCUAGUGAAUAUAGGUCAAUUGCACACUUGUUUGGAGUAGGCAAAGCUACUGUUUGCAAAAUAUUUAUUGAGUUUUGCAAUGAAGUUUGGGCAAGUUUGGCGCCAAUUUAUUUAAACAAUUUUCCCCUUAAAAGGUCGCAAAUUGAGCAAGGAGUUGCAGAUUUCAAUGCAAUGGGUUAUCCACAAUGUAUUGGAGCUAUAGAUGGAUGUCAUAUAGAGAUACACCCAAAAAAAGAAGAAGCCAUUGAUUAUCACAACUACAAAGGGUGGUAUUCAGUCGUACUGUUGGCUUUAGUAGACGCAAAAUAUAGAUUCAGUUAUAUCCAUUGCGGCAGCCCAGGAAGGUGCAAUGAUUCCUCAAUUUUUGAAAAGUCGUCUCUAAAACGGGAGCUGCAGGAAUGCGCACUCCUUGAUGAAUUGAGCUGGCAGUAUGGAUCCACAAAAAUACCAGUGCACGUUAUAGGUGACUCAGCCUUUCGCCUAUCUCAGCAUUUAAUGAAGCCAUACCCGCAUAGCGUAAACAACACACCUGAACAAAAAAAAUUCAACUAUAGAUUAUCCAAGUGUCGACGUGUUGUGGAAAAUGCUUUUGGCCAUUUAAAAGCCAGAUUUAGAAGAAUUGGAAAAGGCGUGGAUAAUCACAUAAAAAAUGCAAACACUGUGAUUUGUGCUGCAUGCGUUUUACACAAUUUUUUAAUUGCACAGAAGGACUCUAUCGUAGAGAAUUGGGUAGUAGAAAUGCAACGAGAUAGCAGGUGCAACCCGCAAUGCAGCAACAACCAAAGUGAUCGAUCUGAAGGAGAAUUGAUAAGAAAUUCUUUAAAGGAAUAUUUCC